UUGGGUGGAUUAGACCGAUAGCGGAGAGCGUUUCGCGGCGUGGCGGAGCGUAUAGAAAAGCGGCAGGAUCAGUUUGCAUUUGAACGUCGCGGUGUUUGUUUCGCGGUACUUCGCCAGCGAGAAGGCUAGCUUCGAGCUAUCGAAAAGAUUUCUCCGAGAAAAGAACGUGGAUACAAUCGUACAAGACUGGCGAUAGAUCGAACGAUAAGAUCAAAUUUAAAUUGGGAACUAGCGUAAGGAAAGUAAAAUUAUUUGUUUAAAAGUCUUCCGACUUUCUACACGUAUACGCGCGACGAGGCAACUACGAAGAAGAUUUUCUUUCGGUGUGAAAGAGAGUGAGAAGGAACAGUGGUAAAAAGGGGAGACGAAAGAAAAAAAGAAAAUCAAGGAGUCGCGGGUCGUUGAACGAGCGCGCGCAGGGGCGAAACCCUCUGGUCUCGUCGUCGGUGUGUGUAUACGCGUAUACCCUCUCUCUCUCGCGCGCGCGCACGAGCGGGAGAGAGAGACAGAAGAGACGAAGAGACGCGCGUGCGCGUCCCGCGUAUCGCACGGCCAAGGAGAGCGAAAAACGCAAUUGAAGGAAGAACAAGUAGAAGAACGAGAGGAAGAAGCGGAGUAAGAAGUAGAAGAAGCAGAAGAAGAAGAAGUAGAAGAGAGAAGAGAUAGAAGGAAAGGAAAAAGGCGGAGGUCGGGACUUUGGUAGCGGAGCGCGAAUUUAUCGAGUAGAAUCGUAUCCUCGUCUGCAAAGACGAGAAAGAUUCGAGAAGAAGAUCUUCGUAGGCGGCUGCGUCUCCGCGUAUCGAUAGUAGGAGUCUGUUGUUAAAGCGAGAGGGAGGACGAGUGCGUGCGUGCGUGCGUUCGUGCGUGCGUGCGUGCGUGCUCGCUCGUUCGCUCGUUCGCGCGUGCAUGCGUGUGUGCGCAAGAGGUAGGGGAGGACGGUGCGUGCCGUCGAGCGAGAGCCUCGAAAGAAGAGAAAAACAAAACACUCUCGGGUGAAAAGCAAUGCGGGUUCAUUGACUGCGCGCGUCAAGCAAUGGCCGCAUGUUCGUGCCCGGUGCAUAGUGCGCGCGUGACAGGAGCUGCAACGAGAAGGAGGAGGAGCUCGAUCGAGGAUACGACGAGGACGAGACGAGCAUUCCCGACGUCUACCACGUCGACGUCCUCGAAGGCUGCCCGCGAGACCGAACGGUGCACCGCCGGCGAACUCGUGCGAACUCGGCAAACUCGAGUGGAAAGCUCGACCCUGCAGUUGGUCUGCCCGUUGGAUUCUCGUCCGGUGCAGCUAAUCUUUAGAGGACUGCAGGUGGUCAAGGAGAAGCGGGCGCUUCUUCGAGAUGUUUCGGGAGUCGUCAAGCCGGGCGAGCUCUUAGCCGUCAUGGGCCCUUCAGGAUGCGGGAAAACGACGUUGUUGAAUUGCCUCUCCGGAAGGGUCAGUCUGGACGGCGGAGAGAUUUGGUUGAAUCGCGAGAGGCUCACGAAAAGAUGGCGUCGUAGGAUUUGUUACGUACAGCAGCAAGACGUUUUCUUUCCUGAUCUCACGUUACGACAAACCUUGGAGUACCAGGCGAGGCUGAGACUUCCGGACACGCUGACACACUCGCAGAAGAUGCAGUGCGUCGACCAUAUCAUCGAGGUUCUCGACCUCGCGGCCUGCCAAGAUACCAUUAUCGGCGAUUAUACGAAGCGAGGACUAUCCGGCGGCGAAAAGAAGCGAACGAGCAUAGCCUGCGAACUACUCACGAAUCCGUCCUUGAUGCUACUCGACGAACCAACGAGCGGCUUGGACUCGCACUCCGCGCAGGCUCUGAUCUCACGUCUUAAGAAGUACGCCGAGCAAGAGGGCAAGAGUAUCGUCGUGACCGUGCAUCAGCCGAGUUCACGGAUGUUUCAUAGCUUCAGUAAGCUUCUAUUGCUAAGCCGUGGGCAGGUCGCCUAUUACGGUUCGACUGCGAACAUCGGCAGGUUCUUUUCGACGAUCGGAUUGACUCUUCUGCCUCACUACAAUCCGGCAGACUUUAUACUCGAGCAAAUAAAGGGCCCGGAGGAAGUACGAGAACGCAUAGUUGCUGCAGCUCGAGCGGCGAGACAGGGACCCGACUGUCCGCCGGAACUUCGUCCGGACUAUAAUCCCAGCCAACAUCCGCUCUGCGACCAUCUCAUCCAUUAUCACGAACAUCACAUCGGGCACAACGGAAAGGAAGACGAAGGAGGCACCUUAUGGCUGGACACCCAGAGUCAUGCCAGCAGCAGCGCAAAUUCCGCGGACGACGAUUAUUCCUGGCAGUGGCCAACCAGUUUCUGGUCGCAAUUCAAAGUAUUAUCGGAAAGAAAUUUUCAAGAGGCACGACCAAGAAUGCUGUCUCGCUUAAAUUGGCUACAAACGAUAGCCCUAGGCUUGUUGGCCGGUCUUUUAUGGCUGAGGCUACCUAGGACCGAAGCUGCCCUUCACGACAUUCAAGGAUGGAUGUUCUUCAGCACCACGUAUUGGAUGCUCUUCGCACACUUUGGUGCACUCUCCAGUUUUCCUCCGGAACGGGAGGUUAUCAACAAGGAGCGAUUAUCAGGAUCGUAUCGGCUGUCGGCCUACUACUUGGCGAAAAUGGUCGGCGAGCUGCCAUUGACGAUAACAUUACCCGCCGUUUACCAUAUCAUUAGUUACCCAAUGUUGGGCUUCCAGAGCCCGGCGGUCUUUGUCACGUUGUUGGCAUUUUUACUACUCAACACCGUUGUCGCGCAGAGCGUCGGAUUUUUCGUUGGCGCCUGUUGUCUGGAUCUUCAAGUGAGCAUAACCGCUAGCGCCUUGUACACGCUCGCCACUCAACUUUUGGGUGGUUACUUGGCGACAGCUGUACCACCGUGGUUAGCAUGGGCUCGAUACGCCAGCAUGGUGCAUUACGCCUAUCAAAAUAUGCAGAUUCUCGAAUUCGGCGUUGGAGAACCGAUCGCGUGCUCCCAGCCAAGUAAGUUUCUCGAAUGCAAGAACGGUACAACGAUACCCGUGUCGGCAAUAUUGGAGAACCAAGGUGGCGCGAGGGGUUCGGGUUUGCCACUUUGGGCAAACACGGCCGUCCUACUCGCCUUCCUCGUCAUUUUCCGUACCCUCGGAUACCUCGUUCUACGUUAUUAUCGCGUACCCAAAUGAGACGGCCCAACAAAGGCGCACCUACUCUAGGCAGCAUACUUUUCUACGUACUCACCCCGGUUAGACGACACGUCGUGAAAAAACCGCCAUCGAUUACGGCGAUCCCGCGAUUAGAUUGCCCGUCGGUCGUUCAAGAAGGACCGUUUCAAAAAUUUUCAGUUCUUCAAGAGACGAGAGAAGAAUAGAUAGAUGAUAGGCGCGAGGCUACGACUCUGGAUAGCUAGUCAUCUCUUUCUCUCUUUCAUUCUCUCGAGGCCAUCGCCAUUUCGGGCCCUUUUGCCUAUUCUCGACGAUAAAAGAAAGAAAAUGCUCCAAUUUUUGGCACUAAGAGAUUAGGCGUGUUAUUUGCAUUAGUUACUAUAUACAUACAUACAUACAUACAUGCAUACAUAUAUAUAUACAUACAUAUAUAUAUGUGUGUACACACAUAUACAUUGUAUAAUAUAUCUAGAAACUUUAUACGCGUGCGACGAGCAAGGUGAGUCCAAAGGACAAGUGUGUAAAAGUCGAGAAAGAAAGAGAGAGAGGGAAAGAGAGAGAUAAUGAAAGAGUAGGGGGAUACAAAAAAGGAAACUUUGCGUACGUCAGGGAACACUCGUCUUUUCUCCGUACCUUGUUUCUUUUCGUUGUUUGUUUUCUUUUUUUUUUUCUCUAGCGGCGAGAAGGGUAUAAUAAGAAGAAACACACGGCGUACGAAAGGCCGUAAAAACCGACUGAUCGUCUGUGUACGAGCGAUAUAAAAUUUUUCGCUCUAGUAUGUGCGAGAGUGUGAACUUGAAUGGAUGUGCGCGCGUGCUUCUGGGUGAAUGUCUCUACUCGCGUGGUUCGUAAAAGAAUCAGUUGUUAAUAUUUUAUUAUUAUUACUUUUAUUAUAUUAAUAUUAUUAUAUCAUUAUCAUUAUUAUCAUCGGCGUCGUCAUUAACGAGUACAGGUUUAUUUUUACUUUUUAUUACCGCAAUAAUACGUUAAUUGUUUAUCGCAUUACGAUUAUUUGCUACAAAUACUAUCAUUGUUAUCAUCGUCAUCGCCAUCAACGUUUUCAUUACUAUUGGUAACGUCGAUAUCAUAUCAUUACUGCUAUUAUUAUUAUUAUUAUUAUUAUUAUUAUUAUUAUUAUUAUUAUUAUUAUUAUUAUUAUUAUUAUUAUCAUUAUUAUUAUCAUUAUUAUUAUUAAUAUUAUUAUUAUUAUUAUUAUUAUUAUUAUUAUUAAUAUUAUUAUUAUCAUUAUUAUAACUAUUCUCAUUACAUACGUAUAUAUAUAUAUAUAUAUUUAUAUAUACAUAUAUGCAUGUGUAUAUAUAUGUGUGUGUACGUGUGCGUAUAUCUACACGUCUAUGUAUGCAACACGUACACGUCUUUUGCUGCGCAGAGUAACGCAAUAUCGACGUUACGAGACUUUCGCAUUUUCGACGUGACAAAAUCGUAGUCGAAGUGACGAUUUUGUCGUGUAACUUUUAUACCAAGAACUAGUGACGCGUGUUGUCGUCGAUCCUUUCCAUUACGCUUCAUUUCUCACCCUUCCUUACCCUUUUCUUUUCAUCACGAGGCACACGGUCGUGAAAAGACAGUGUUCGUCGUGUAAUACAGAUAGAUAGAUAAUUGCAGCUAUAUUCGAAAUAUACAAGACUAGCACGAUUGCGAAGGAACGUAAGGGAAGAAAAGCGCUAGAUCGAGCGCGCGAUUAUAAUGAUAGGUAUCGUGAACUGGACGAACUCGUAAAAAAGCUCGUGGGGAAAGAAACGUAUGAUCUUUGCGUUAGAUGUUUGACGAUUAAAGUGAUAUUAGCUUUACGAUACGUUCGUACGAAUACUUGCGUAUUCGUUCGUCGAUGAAUGGAAAAAGAAAAAAUAAACAAAUAAAGAAAGAGAUAGAGAGAAAAAAGAUACAUAUACAAAAUCGAUGCAUAUCUAUGCGCGAACGAGCAAAUGAUCGCACUAUAGUUCUCGUUCGUUUUUAAAGUAGGGAGGACCAUUUGUACCGGUGAUUAUGAAAAUGAUCCGGGUCGUGUAAUCUCUCGUUUUCAGAUGAUUUCUGACCUUUUAGAUAAUAUUAUAAUUAAAAUGAUAUAAAAGAAAAUAUAAAUGAUAAAUCGAAUGUUGUAUCGUAGUUGACACGACUCGGAGCAUUCUUCUGAUCACUAGCAGACUUUCCAAAAAAAAAGGGGAAAAAAACAUACGACGUAGAAACUCGUCGCGUACUCUCGAGAGUUGACUUAUCCGCACUUACGAUAUUAGCCGAUAAAGAAUCACGAGAAAUUGUCCAGUACACGCAAAUGCAAUAUCCACCACGUGUUCAAUCGAUUCUUUGUAUGUAUGUUGCGUGUGUGCGUGUCCGUGUAUGAGUGUGAGCGCACGCGCGCGUUGCGUUUACGCGAUGGAGAACAUCGGUGCGUGUGCGAAAAAAGAGAGGACUCGUAGCCGAGAAAAGUAGGAGAAUAGCGAGGAGGAGAGAGAGAGAGAGAGAGAGAGAGAGAGAGAGAUAAAAAGAUAGAAAGGGAAUGGGAUGCGUUAAGAAAUAUCUGGCUGUGCGUUGACCGUAGUAUUUCUAUCAAUUUUCUAAAGAAUUCCAAAGGAGGAUUAUAAAGGAGCAAAAAGGUGGGAAAGAGGAGAUAAAACGCACAUAUAUUUAAUUGAGGGAAAGAAGCGUGUUUCGUGCUUACAAUUAGAAGUAACGCUGAACGAGAUGCACAAACAACAUUGUUUUUUUUUUCUACAUGUCGCUCUUCAACCGAAUCCUUUUUUUUAAAAGGAACCAUCAUCGAUCCGACGUAAUACAGAGAGAUUGCAUCGAAGAUCGGAGCGAUCUCCCUCUCUUCGAUCUUCUCUCAUCUUCGAUGCAUUCCAAUCUGACGCAUACCCGUAAAAACGUGCGACCAAUAAUUCAUCGACCUUUCGAGUCGCCUAGAUGUUUUUUCAAAAUUUUGAUAUCCUAUAUAUUGUAAUAUAUACGCUCUACACGACGACAUUUGUAUACGUUUUACAAUACAGUCUUUUGCAGUCAAAUACCGAGGAGCGAUCGUUACAAGCAUCGUUCUGAUACGAACAAUUCAUAGUUUGCACGAUGUCUUUCGUUUUUACUGAAUCUGUAUUUUCCAAACGAUAUCGUAGAAAAGAGCGCUACGGUCAUAUACGUAUAUAUAUAUAUAUGUAUGUAUGUGUGUAUGUAUACAUAUGUCUGUGUAUGUAUGUAUGUAUAUAUAUGUAUGUAUGUAUGUAUGUACGUAUGUAGAAAAGUAUGACAAACGUCAUCGUCUAUCGAUUAUAUCGUUUUAUUGCGGACCAGAAAGGAUAUCGGUGAUCGAGCUCGACUCAUGUUCAUGAUCUGCGCUUUUUUCUUAGUUUCUAUAAAACGUAAAAUCCAAUGAAACUUAAAUUACUCAUAACGCUUAUAUAUAUAUAUAUAUAUUUCGAAGAAUAGUCAUUAAAGAAGAUAGAAAUCGAUAGAAUUCAUCCGUGAUCUCGCGCUCUUACAUCGCUUACGUUAAUCGCGAUAAUUAACAUUUUACGUUCUUUAUUCCGCGAUAAGGAACGUCCGUCGUCUUCACUCAUAUAUAUCUAUUUUCAUUUCAUAAUAGCUAUGAAUACGGUUUUUACAAUGAGCACACACGUCUCAUGCUUUUUGUACUAUGCAAAAGAUACGAAAGACUGACGUUUUUUACAUAAAUGUUACGAACAGAAAAAAACCACAGAAAAAAAAAAGUAAAAAAACAAAAAAAAAGAAAAAUUGCGAAGAAUUCUAUCGACAAAAAAAUAAACAAACUUUGGUCCUUUUACGUGUGGGAUCCUUCCCAAGAGAAGAUCUCUACCGAGAAAAAAUAGCAAAAAAUCUCGAAUCUCGAACGAGAAAGAAACGACGAGGUAAAACAAAAAGAAAAUAUGCUUUCUCGCGUGCAUACAGAUACAUGCCUAUAUAUAUAUGUAUAUAUGUAUAUAUAUAUAUAUAUAUAUAUAUAUAUAUAUAUAUAUAUAUAUAUGACUCCCUUGAUCGUCCUCGGACCUCUUAAACGCGAAAAGUGGACUGUUUCAAAGACCCUAUCCACUCGUACGCACAUUUUUUUACUAUCCAGAGAAGGGAAAGGAAUGUUUGUUAUCGCGGAAAAAAAAAAGAAAUGGAAAGGCUAAAUGGCGACGUGAACAAAACUAUUCCGCUUUACUAAAAUAGUGCCUUUUUAUCUAAGACUUUGUUGUUUGUGCCAAUUCUCAACGCGACGGAGAGCGGGGGAGGAGAGAGAGAGAGAGAGAGAGAGAUUUUAUCGUGUUCGAGCGUCUUAUUAAAGUACGACCAAAAGUUAAAGAAAAAAUAAAUAAAUAAAUAACUAAAUAAAUAAAUAAAUAAAUAAAUAAAAGAAAGAAGAAGGGAAAGAAAGUAAAAAGAAAGAAAGAGACGCGUAAAAAAAUGCACGAUCGGAACGAAGCAUGGGAAAAGUAAGCGAACGUUUCGAUGGGAAAGGAGUUGGAGAGAAAAGGAGAAAUGCCAAAAUGUGUUCCAUAGGACGAAUGUCGUUGAGAGUCCCCGAUCAGUAGCUACUUGUGUAUGGGAAAAACGAAAAAAAGGAUAGCAAAAAGAUGCAGGAUAGUUGGUAAUAGAAAUUAACCGUGGUUAUAAACGUCUCCAAGUGAUACGUGUACAAGUACAUAAAAAAAGAAAAAAGAAGCAUUCUUUAUUCGUACGUAAUACAUUCUCGUUAAGAUCAACACAUCGAUAUACAUAUGUACGACAUAAUUGCGCACCGAAUACGAUAUCAUUGACAUGCAUACAUAUACACAUAGUGUGAUCCUAUAUACGAUUUAAUGCGUAUAUAAUGAAUUUCAUGAUCUUGUCCACGACCCUGUAAAAGAAAAACUCGAAUCGGAUAUCUAUCCAUAAUCGUACAACAGCAGCAGCAUCAGCAGCAUCAACGUCACAACCACCAUUACCACCACACCACCACUACCACCACCACCACCACCACCACCAUCACCACUCCGUCGACACUCCAUCGCACGUAAUUUUGUAUAUACGUUAUACAUACACGCAUCUAUUUGUACAUAACGAUACGUUUAGAGCACUAACAAACGCGGACCCUGUUAUUAUAAUUGAUAUUAUAAUUAACUGAUAGUAUUAUUCCUGUUAUCCAAGUAGUGGAUAUACGGUUUCGCAGUACUGCUACUUAGAAAAAAAAAGAAAAGAAAAUCGUUAUCUAGCGUUAUUACUUGGAUUUUUCCGAUAGCAUUUAAUAUCGGUCACUGAUAUAUAUAUAUAUAUAUAUAUAUAUAUAUAUAUAUAUAUAUAUGAUAUAUAUAUACAUAUAUAUAUAACAUUAGUAAAAAUUAUCAUUAUUAUUAUUAUUAUUACUAUAAAUAUUAUAUUCUAAUCGUCAUCUUCAUCGCAUUUUUAGUCAUGGCGACACCGUCUAUGACAAACUAAAAUUAGUUUAAACUCCUUAAUCGUUUCACACGAUUACUUUUCUUUGCCCCGAUAGGCAAAAGAAAGGGCAAUCGUUGAUAAUUCUAAUUUUGUUAUCCUUCGAAAGAAUAAUCUCACGCAUAUCUCAUUUCCUUUUUCCUCGUCCGAAUCAAUUUGAGCUGCAUUCCUUCCCUUUUUAUCCCCUGUCGUCCUUUGACACAGAGUGGCGUAUAUAAUUUGAUCUUGUAUGAAAUUUUUGCCCCACCCUGUAUCAUAGAAGAUGACGAAGAAAUUAUUGCAAUGGAAAAACCCUUCCGAUAAAUUUUCAAGCUCUACCUUCUCGCUCCUACCUCACUCCCUUUUUGCUCCCGUAAACUUGUGUACAUGUAUGUGUGCGAUCACGCGUCCGCGUAGCGACAACAUUCGAACGGAGAAGAGAUAAGAAUAUAGUGCUUAAUCGGUUUUAUAAACCAACCGUAAAAGAUCCGAAAUGCUUUAGAAAAAAUUGCAGGAAUGUAAUUAUUAUUAGAAAUUUGCUCCGUUCGAUCGAUCGAUCAAGGAUCGUAUCGAUCAAGACCGAUCCUCGUUCGACGAAGGUACCGACAAACGAAUCGACGUGUUAUCGUUAAGAACGGAAACCUGUUGAUCGAAGAAAAAGAUAUAUAUAUAACGUGAUUCUUCCUCGAAGGUGUUAAAGCUUGAAAAAAAAAAUAAUAGAGAAAGAUGGAAAAGGGUGGAUGAGGAGGAUGAUGAUGACGACGUAUCGGCGAUGCGUUGAAGCUAAAAUAAAAGCAACCAGAGCGGAGAAUGUAUAUAAUAAAAUUGGAGUCACUGGCUGUGCUGUAUAAUUGUUAAUGGCAAUGUGAUAUAUAUUAUAUAUGCAUAUAUAUAUAAAUAUAUAUCUCUAUAGAUCUACGACCGCGGCUAUACAUCCAUAUUCGUUCGAAGCAUUGUUUCGUGAUAGAUCGUUUUAAAAUUAAUCGUAAAAAGAUCGUUUCUUGGUAAUAAUUGUUGAUAUAUAUAUUAACAAAUUGUUUGAUCUUUACGAAUUGCUUCGAUUCGAGCGAUUACUUGGCAUCGUCCAAAGACAGAAAAGAAUGAAGGAGACAGACUAAUCUCGCCUAAUCGCCAAUAGUACGUGCGUAUGUGUGUACGUGUACAUAUAAAGACAUAUUUAUAAUAGCAACAGCUUCUGCGUUAAAGCCAUUUUGCCGGAAUCUCCAUGUUCACGAAUAAAGAUUGCAAAGGAAUAAGAAGGGAAUUAGAGAAAAAAAAAAAGGUUAGAAGAAAGGGCACGACAGUGCUAAAGGCGAUCUUUGCGAAUAUAAAUCGUAUCGAGUCGUGAUGGAACGGGCAUCUAAAUAAAUGCAUUACCCACAUGAUAAAAAUAUGGUCGAUGAUAAAAAAUAAUAUAUCUAAAGAAUUACUUUGAAGGAACGAAACGAAAUAACAGGGAGAAAAGAGAAAUACUAGUUGUGUAUGCCGAUACCUCGAGCCUGAUCCAGAUCGAUCUCUUUGAUCUCGCCGAGAGGAGGCACCGUCGUGCGAUCGAUCGAUCUCUGAGAGAUCUUCUCCGCUAUACCGCACUGCCAUUAUCUUGAUAACGUUUUUAUAAAGCCGCACGAGUCUCGGCGAGUUCCAAUAGGCGAGGAAAAAGAGACAAAUCUCUUUUCGAAUUUACGAUUCAUCCGAAAUGGAAUUCGAGCGAGACGCGCUCGAAUCGGAGACGUAAAAAGAAACUCACGGAGAGAGAGAGCGAGAGAGAGAGAGAAAGUGAGAGUGAGAGAGUGAGAGAGAGAGAGAGAGAGAGAGAGAGAGAGAAAGAGAGAGAGGGAGGGAGAGAAAGAGAAAAAAAAAAGAUAGAUUUUCCGGAAAGACGAAGCUCCAGUGUCGAGUUUUUUUCGAAAAGAAAAGUUGCUGGCAACUUUGAAAAAGCGACGACGUAAGAUUUGCUAUUCCUUUCCAUUAUUACCUAUGCUUCGUCGCGUCUCGGAUGUUGUAAUUCGCGAAUAACGUAACGCAUGUUACAUCGUCUUUACGCACUGGAGUCGUCUUUGAAAAAAAAAAAAAAAAUGAAAA